AUGAGUGCUCAAGAAGAAGCCAAGAAGCCCGAGCAAAAGUACCGUACGGCCAACUACAAGGCCAAUGCCGUGAGUCGGCGUCGUCGUCGUCAUCAUGAAGGGUCACCGAACCAAGAAGGCUCUUUAUCCGAAUCGAGCCGACAAAGCUGACACGUGUUUCCACCAAUGUUAUCGAUGCCAUCCGUUUAGCGUGGCCUCGGUCGGGAACAUGAGGAGCCUCAAAACUACACCAUGAUGCAGGGUCAGUAGUCGCAGUCUCUACAGAGGCGGCCUGGCGAGUUCCGCCCUGGAAGUUGCGAUUGGGGUAAAGAUGAUCGGCCUCCGGAACUGGGAAACUGAUCGGACACUCCAUUGCUGGACACCAGGUUUCGAAUGGUACUCCAAGGGUGGCGGAAAGUUCUGGAACGACUUCAAGGAAAAGUCCAAGAGUCUUGCCGACAUGGGCAUCACCGCGGCUUGGCUGCCACGUACGUCCGAUUGCCUAUCGCUCAGGGAGAGCCUUUCAGUCGUCGAGCUGCACAGCCACGAUGGCUGAUCUGCUUUGCUCCCCCUUCUUUUUAGCUCCCACCAAGGGCCAAAGUCCUGAAGACAAUGGCUAUGGUGUCUAUGAUAUCUACGAGUAAGUCGCAAUUAGCCAUCCAAUCCUUCGGAUUCGCUAAAGCUUUUCCGCCUCGUCUCGCUCUGCAGCCUGGGAGAAUUUGACGCCAAGGGAGGCAAGGCGACCAAGUGGGGGACCAAGGAGCAGUACAUUGAUUGCAUCAAGACGUGCAAGAAGAACGGCAUCGUCGUGUACAUCGGUCAGUCUUCGACUAAGCUCGAGGCUUUCUCCUAACCGAGCUGACUCGUACUCUCUGCAAACUCCUCUCAGAUGCGGUCUUGAACCACAAGGCCGGUGCCGACGAGGCCGAACCUUUCAUGGCCACCGAAGUUGACGAGAACAACCGCAACCAGGAGGUUAGUGGAGCUGUAAGUUUGCUCUGCUGCAGUCGAGAUGAGCUGGAAGCCAGGAUCAUGGGUGCUGACCUACCCGGAACUCGUCGACACAGUACGAGAUCGAGGGUUGGACCAAGUUCGAUUUCCCCGGUCGUGGUGACAAGUACUCGGAUCUCAAGUGGCGCCACUACCACUUCACCGGUGUCGAUUGGGACAAUCGUGCCGAGAAGAAGGCCAUCUUCAAGAUCCAAGGUGAAGGUAAAGGCUGGGCCCUGGCCGUCGAUGGCGAGAAGGGCAGUUUCGACUACCUCAUGUUCGCCGACAUCGAUCACAACCACCCCGAAGCCCGCGAGGAUAUCAAGAAGUGGGGCACGUGGAUCAUCAAGGAGACCGGCGCCGAGGGUAUCCGCUUCGAUGCCGUCAAGCACAUCGACGAGGGCUUCAUCUCCGAGUUUGUCCAACACAUUCGCAAGGAGUUGGACAACCCUGACUUGUUCUGCGUCGGAGAGUUCUGGAAGGACGACAUCGGAAGCUUGACCGGCUAGUGAGUCUGGAUCCCUGACUUGUUCUCUGUGUUGGCCUCUCAGCUAGACCGUGCACUAACGACGAUCUUACACUCUACUCUUCUCAGCCUGGAUCGCUUCGGUGACCAAUUCAGUCUAUUCGAUACCGCGCUCCAUUACAACUUCAAGGAGGCGUCGACCCGCGGUGGCGACUACGAUCUUCGCGCCAUCUGGGAUGGCACCGUUGUUAAGGACUACCCUAUGGAUGCCGUCACGCUCGUCGACAACCACGACACCCAGCCCCAGCAGGCGCUCGAGUCGUGGAUCGACCCGACAUUCAAGCCCCUCGCGUACGCCUUGAUCUUGUUCCGCGGCGAUGGAUACCCUUGCGUCUUUGCCGGUGAUCUCUACGGCUGCAACAGCGAACCUUUCGUCGAGCCCAUGGUAAGGCGGCCACGACGACUUCAACCUGACACCGCUUGUGCUCGAAAGCUGAUAAGCUUAGAUGUGUGCAUCCACAGUCGCAACUUGACGACUUCAUCAGGAUCCGCAAGUGCUUCACUUACGGCCCGACCCGAGAUUACUGUGCGUCACAACCGUGCCUGAAAGUCCUCCUGAUCUUGCGCGUGCUGACACCCUGACCUCACCAUUCAUCACAUUACAUAUCCAUUCUUUUGGUGCACCACGAAUCAUCUACAGGGGACCAUCCGCAAUGCGUUGGAUGGGUUCGCGAGGGCGACGCCGCCCACGAUGGCUGUGCCGUUGUAAUCUGCAACGGCUCCGAGGACGGCAAGAAGCGCAUGCAGAUCCCUGACGGCCACGCGGGUGAAAAGUGGACCGAUGUGCUCGGCUGGUACCAAGGCGAGGUCACGAUCGGUGAUGAUGGAUGGGCCGAAUUCCCGUGCCACGAGCGAUCCGCGUCCGUCUGGGCCAAGGUCGACGCCAAGCAUCGUGAGGAGUUCAACAAGUGA